AUGAAUGUCGUUGUUUCAAAUCGUGGCAGUCAAACAAUAAGUGUUUUAUUAGGAGAGGGUAAUGGAUCUUUUAUACCACAAGUUACGUAUGGAACGGGUGCUGGCCCAGUAUCUGUCGCCAUCGGUGAUGUUGAUAACGAUACACGAUUAGAUAUUAUCGUUGCUGGUGUUGAUGGACCAUUUGUAUAUAUUUUAUUUGAACAAGACGAUGGUUCGUUCAGCGAUUCUGUUUUCUAUCUCACGGGUUCAUAUUCACCCUCUGUUGCAGUCGCGGAUUUGAACAAUGAUACGCGAUUGGAUAUGAUUGCAGCUAAUAUAAAUGGUCUUUACAUAGAUCAAAUAUUCUUCGAUGUCAAGGCGAAUUCUCGUCCAACAUCGAUUGUUAUAGGUUAUUUUAACGAUGAUAAUCAACUGGAUACUGCUGCUGCUCGAUCUGGUACUAAACAAAUGGGACUGUUACUUGAAGAUGGUCGAGGGUCUUUUACUCAACAAGCAAACUAUCCAGAAAGUAACAUGUUUUCUCCUUUCUCUACUACCGCUACCGAUUUCAAUAAUGAUACUAAUUAUAUUGACAUAUCUAAUGUAUACAAUGCAGCAUCUUUUAAAAACCAAAUGAGAUAUUCGACUGGUGUACGUCGGCGACAUUUAGCUCUCGACUACGUCAAUAACGAAAGUUCCAUUGAUAUUCUUGUUGUCAAUUAUGAUUCAGACAGUUUAAGUAUCUUCUUUGGACGAAGUAAUGGUAGUUGUAUAUAUCACUCAACAUAUUCAGUUGGUCUCAAUCCAAUAUUUGUAACUGUUGAUGAUUUUAAUAAUGAUAAACGAUUAGAUGUAGUUAUUGCUAAUGAGAGUUCCGAUAGUAUCUCUGUGUUACUUGGUUUUGACAACGGCACCUUCAGCAGUUCAAUAAUAUAUUCAAUUGAUUCUCUCCCGACAUGGUCUGUUGCGGUGGGUGACUUCGCUAAUGAUCAACAUCUCGACAUAGUUUUUGUUCCGAAAACAUAUUCAACCGGUUCAUCAUCUCCAUAUUUUCCCAAUGCUGCUUACGUUAUUAACGGUACCAGUCUUAAUAUUAUACCUAUAAAUUAUUAUUAUAAUAAGCAUGAAGUUUUUUUAGGUCAUGGUGAUGGAACAUUAAAUAAGCUUAUAUUCAAUGCCUUACCAUACAGCUCUCAUCAUCUGAAAAGUCCUCACCAAAUCUCCAUUAUGGCCAUUAUGGACAUCCAUAAUCAAAGUCACCCUCAAUUUCCGGACCUUGGAAAUUGGGAAAUAGUCUAUGACGAUUAA